AUGAUGCCUACAAUCGUCGACAGCGUAGCCAAAUUUACCCAGAUUCUGCAUAAACACGUGCCUCUGCAGAUCUUCAACAUUUUCCGCCCAUUCGUACAGUGGCGGAAUCUGAGACAGAUGGAUACGUACGUGGGUAAGCUACUCGAAGAAAGGUUCGCAACACGCAAUACGAGGAGCAAGAAGAAACAUGUGAUCGACCUGGCACUCGAAACCUACCUCAAGGAGAACAACGUCAGCGAAACCUCGAAGCUCGAUCCAAAGUUCAAAGAUGCUGCGUUACGAAAUAUUAAGAUCUUCAUCUUUGCUGGUCACGACACAAGUAGCUCGACCAUAUGCUACUGCCAUUAUUUACUCAGCCGACACCCAAUGGCGAUUGCUCGACUUCGAAAAGAGUGCGAAGACAUUUUCGGCAUGGAUGUCAGCAAGACUGGCGACAUGAUCAAAGCUGAUCCGUACCUACUCAACAGAAUGAGGUUUGGAGAUGCAGUUGUGCGCGAGACAUUGAGGAUAUUCCCACCUGCAAACACUGUCCGUGCUGGAGCUCCGGACUUCUUCAUCACCGACCCGGACACGGGCGAACGCUAUCCUACAGAUGGCUGGUUGCUCUGGAGCCACAACCUCGGCCAUAUGGUGAACCCGAAGCUCUGGGGCGAGGACUUCUACUCUNUCCGACCGGAACGUUGGCUGGUUGAUGAAGACGGUUCCAAAGGCGCAGCAAAUCGUGAUGCUUUCAUGGCUUUCGCUAAGGGCCCGCGUAACUGCAUUGGUCAAGAACUGGCAAUGCUAGAGCUGAAAACGGUCCUUGCCAUGACUAUACGCCAGUUCGACUUCCACGAGGCAUUCGCAGAAGUAGAGAAGCUGAAGAAUGAUGGCUCGGGCUAUCCUAGUAGUCUGAGCGGCGUGCAGGAACAGUUUGGCGAGAAAGCUUACCAGAUCCAGCUUGGUACUGCGAAGCCACGAGAGGGCAUGCCCUGCCGUCUGAGUCUGGUCAACAAGUAA